UUAAUACAAUACGGAACAGCUGGUAAAUUAGACGGCUAUGAAGCAAGCGAUUCUAUUUGGUUUGUGUCUGAGCAUUAUCGUUUUUGUAGUCAACUGUCAAGGGUAUCGUCCCCGUCCUCCAGCCAAUCCAAUCUGUAGUUUACCAAGGGAACCUGGUCUGUGCAGAGGUGCCUGCCCGCGGUAUUAUUACGACACCAGAACGGGCACCUGUCGCUCCUUUACCUAUGGAUGCUGUGGAGGAAAUCUUAACAAUUUUCAAUCAAGAGAACUCUGUAAUAGAGUUUGUAAGAUUAGACCCUGUCCUGCAAUAGCCUGUCUCAUUGGAGCCUGUACUAUUCAAACCUGCCCGGCAUAUCCCGAGGCUACGUGUGUAGCUGUAUGUCCUUGUGAGUCUGUUUGGAUUUAUAGAGGAGAAGAUGUCACAGACCGCUGCAAUAAUAGAGGCUAAUCAAAUCACUUGAAAUAUGGUGCGAAAUUUGGAAAAUAAAACUCUGUCUUAACUUUCAAUAAUCUUUAUUUCCCUUAUUCUCCUAUCACAACAAGGAGC